CAUCCUGUAUAUUUACUGCUAGUGAAAAUGGCCGCCACAAAUGCAGCCGAGAUUUCACACAGUGAGACAAAAAACACUCUUACGCUCGACUAAAUGCAACGGAUACCACGUGAACGCUGCGAGGGAGUCUUAUAUAACGCAAAACCUCGUUUCGCACCCGAUCCGUCGCUUAAGUAACUGUUUAACAGUGUAAGCGCUAAUUUUAGCUCAAGCUAACAGUCCCGAGCGCGCGUGAUCGAGCUCGAGCAGAACCGUAGAGAGUCGGUCCAAUGGCGGAUCCGAGGAAAGUCCCGUUCGUCACGCUCGCCUCGUUCAGCAGCACACCGGCGGCGCCAGAGUCAAAGAAGCGCCGACGCGAGGACGAAGACAAAGAACCGAGUCCCGGUGUCACCGGCGGCGGGGGGCCCUUCGGUACCGGGAAACCGGCAUCUGACCCCGGCGAACCCAAACCCACCGUCCGCCUAAACCUGAGCCUGUCAGAACCGAGCGAGCAGAGAUCCGCCGAGUUCAACUACAGCGAGCUGGUCCAGUCCGACCUGCAGGUGAGGAAGGUUCCUCAGGGUCUCGCUCCAGCUCUGGACCCCAGCGACCCGUUCGCAGAUGAAGACAAAGAGCGGCAAGAAGUCGAGGCUCUCGCCAGGAAAUUUGAGAGCAAAUACGGAUGCACUGUUAAGAAGAAGCGACGAGACCGGGUGCAGGAUCUCAUCGACAUCGGUUAUGGCUACGAUGAAACCGAUCCGUUUAUCGACAACUCUGAGGCCUACGACGAGCUGGUUCCUGCGUCUCUGAACACUAAACUGGGCGGCUUCUACAUCAACACGGGCACGCUGCAGUUCAGGGCCGCGUCUGAAUCAGAGGGAGAGGACGGAGGAAAAGACACCAACCACUGCAAGAAGGAUGGAGAGGAGCGGGUGAUAAAGAGAAGGAAGAAGAAGCAGGAUGGCAGCCUGGAGGAGAAGAAACCCAGGAAAUUCAAAGUACCCAAACCAGGUGUUUCGGCUCUGAACCGGCCAGAGAAGAAGAAGAGGAAGAAGCUGAUGAAGGACUCUCUGUCUCUGGCCGCUAUGAUCCGCCGCUUCAGCCGUGAGAAAGAGGAGAUCCGUAAGAAGAACCCGGCGUCUGCGGUCAAACUCGUCCGCGCUCCGCCGAACACCGCUGCAGCCGCGGUCACCCCUGGCAGUGACCUGACCAUGGCCGACCUGACCUCUGACCCGGCGGUGAUGUCACUGCUGGGCGGAGCCACGGAGAACGACAUGCUGCAGGAGCUGAUGGGCGACCUGGACUUCGGUCUGCUGGACUCUCCCGGGCCGUCCAGUCCGGGGCAGAGCGAGAACGGCUCUGCGGCGGGACAGAAGGCCGGAGCGGCGGGGCGAGUCCAGAAGACGGGGCUGAUGCCGCCGCCUCCACCUCUUCCCAGCAUCCUUCCUGCUCCGCUGCUCAAACGCAUCGAGGACCUGCGCGUGGCAGAUUGUGAAGGAGAGAGAGGAGGAGACGAGGUAGAGAGAGGUGUAGGAGGAGCAGACCAUCAUGAUAGAGAGAAAAUAGACAGAAACCAGUCAGAGCAGGAGGAGGGAGAGGCGUCUCGUCAGUUCGACAUGGAGGGCAGGAAGAAGUUUUUCACACUGGACAUGAACAACAUCCUGCUGGACAUCGAGCUGCAGGUUCAGGAGCAGCCCGCGUCCGUGCGCACUGCAGUCUACUCUCAUCUGGAGGCCUUCGUGCCGUGUAAUAAAGAGGCUCUGCUGAAGCGGCUGAAGAAGCUGAGUCUGAACAUCCAGGACGACCGGCUGCGGACACCGCUGCACAAGCUCAAGCUGGCCGUGUGCAGCGUCAUGCCCGAGCAGAUCGCCCGAUACAACAUGGACUGCAUGGCCAAAGUCGCCAAGCAGCAGACGGAGGACGGCGACAGAAACGGCUCGGAGGACGAGGAUGAUGAGAAGCCAGGAAAAAGAGUGAUGGGCCCCAGGAAGAAAUUUGUGUGGGACGACAAACUCAGGUCUCUGCUGUGUAAUCUGGUUCAGGUGAAGCUGGGCUGUUAUGAGCUGGAGGGUCAGAGUUCACUCUCCCCUGAAGAUUACCUGAAGGUCUUCAUGGAGACGGAGGUCAAACCGCUCUGGCCCAAAGGAUGGAUGCAGGCCAGGAUGUUGAUUAAAGAGAGCCGUGUGGCUCACAGUCACCUCACAGGAAAUACAGUGAAGAAAAGGAUGUUACCAGCUCCGAAAGCGAAGCCCAAGCCUCAGGACAGCAGUGUGCUCCAGCGUCCGUCCGUCUCUGUGGACUCCACACCUCCUGCAGUCGUCCAGCGUCCAGUCGUGUCAGUAGACGCCGCUGCUCAUGCACCCGCGCAGCUAGCGAUGUCCCCGCCGGAGCCCAUCUGUCUCUCAGACUCUCUGGACGAGGACCUGACCGCCCCGUCGCUGGACUCCAUCUCUCACGCUCUGGCCAUGCUGAGCAGCGUCGCCAAAGACCUGGCCCAGUCCCACAGCCCGCCGUCCGCCGAGCCGCCCAAACAGCCCCAGCUGCUGCUCGCGUCUCCACACCUGGCCAAAAAGAGCGGGAGCACCCCGUCUCCGCCUGCUUCUGCUCCCAGUGUGCUCUCCUCGACGCCCGUGUCUUCAGUCGUUAAAAGUGUGGGCGUCCUGCCGCCGGUUCAGAGACACUCCGUUAUUCCCGCUCAGCGACCAUCCUUGACUCCGGCCACCAAGAUGGGUGGGUCUCAGGUGAAGCCCCGCCCUCCUCCGACAGCAUCGCCUCUUCACGCCCCUCAGAAGAUUCUGGCGGGGAAAACAGUAGGCACCAUGCCGACGGGCCUCAUCAAAUCCAGCAAUACCAGCUCAGCGCGCGUGCUUCCUGCCGCUUCCUCACCGUCGCUGUUAAAUGUCAAAUCUGCGCAGCCUUUCCACGUGACGCCGCAAGCCAAAAACCACGAGUCGCCCAAACCGGGCUUCAUCACGCACGUGCAGGCCACCCUCACCAAGUCACCUCACAACCCCAGCUCUAACAUAAUCAAGCUCACACCCACCGCCUCGCCCGUCGUCUCCAGAACACCCACACUACCCAGCAUGCACCAGCACACCUCCAAGAGCCCGGUUUUCCACACGGGCUUCAUUGCCGGCGGCUACAGAGCUCCCGUGGGGCAGAGGAGUUCAUCUCAGGGCAACAGCAUCUCCGGACUCACCACCACGACCGCACCUGUCACCAAGCCACCGGCCACCAGCGCCUCACUGGUGACGGGGACAGCCAAUCACAGUCAGCGACACAGACAAGUGGGUGGAGCUAAUCAGGGAGUGAAGACAAUCACAUCUGUGUCUACGGCCACAGCGUCUCCACUCUCACAGGUGUCGUCCUCCAGCGCUCUGCUGGGUUCGACCGGUCCGUCUCUGCCGCUGGGCUUCGGGAUGCUGGGAGGUCUGGUUCCCGUCUCUCUCCCGUUCCAAUUUCCAAACCUGCUGAAUCUCUCUUCCUCUGUGGUUUCCACGGCGACCACCGGCGCCUCCACCAAUCCCAGCAGCUCAGGGUUCAACCUUUCCCAGAAUGUGUUAAAGGGUCUCAUGUCAGGGGCUCAGGCCGCUCUGCCGCCACACUUACAGCUGGCUUUCUCAGAUGUCAAUCAAACGCAGGGAGAUUUGCAGAGGAAGACCUUAUGACAUCACAGAACCUUGAUCCAGAACUGACUCCGCCCACUUUUAUGCAUGAUUUGCUGGCCGUCCAAUGAGACGGAGCUGUUUUAUAGUCAUUUGAAUAUUGAUGCUGAUGAGUAAUGUUAUUUGUUUGAAUAAUCCGUGGGUUGUACAUAUGUAUCAAUGUUUACACAGACAGACCUGAUCACUGUGACGGGGAGGGAAACACCGAGUGUGUGUGUGUGUUUGCAUGUCGAUUAGCCCGCAGCUUCUGUAAAUGAGUUUUUUUCUAAUGUGUGGAGCGUAUGAAUCUUGAUGAGUGAAGGUGUUCCUCCCUCUCUGGUGUGGGUCGGUGUCUCUGGUGCUGUUUACCAACGAAACGCCCUUUAAAUUGUUCAAACCAAAUGAAGGGCGGGACGGCGGCCAUUGUAAUAUACUUGAACUUUCAGGACACGAGCAAAAUAAAAAUGCAGAAGCCUUAGUUAAAA